AUGAUUUCACAAGACUGCCCAAAAUUUAAAGCACAAAAUACAGGGGGAAAUGGACGCAAAACCGGCACGAAAAAUGGACAUGAAGGGCAAAGCGAGGCGAAAGUGGUAGCCGGACGAGACGGAGCGAAACAAGACGGAAUGGCCAGUGCGCUGGACAGGCGGGCGAGCCGAAUGCAAUGGGGGCGUUGGCUGUGGCGGAGUGUCGAAGCUAAUACCCCCCACUCUUCUGCGUCCAUCUUUUCGUUGCGCCUGCUUUCGUCCAUCUUUCCGUCCCCUCGAUGCGCCUGCUUUCGAUCGGUCGCUCCACUUCCUCGCCGUCCAUCCCUCCGCUGCCUCUGCCCUGUCCCUCCGCUAACCUUGCCCUAUCCCUCAGCUGUCCUUUCCCUAUCCUAUCGCAGCCUUACUCGCCGCCAACCUCUGCCCAAUCCCUACACUGCCCUCCGCUUCCACUCGUCCUCCGUCUAUGCUCUAGUUUUGCCUCGACGAGAGUGCGCACGCCAACGAAGAGACGAGCCCGAGAAGCGAGGGUGUGCGCCGAAAGCCGAGCAAGGCACUCACACCGCUCGACGGGGUCUGCGAAGGCAGCGAAUGUGUCUAGUGGAGACUGCUGUGUCUAGCAAAGCCCCUUCUCCAAGUUCGGGACACCGACGCGGCGCCGCUCCUCGCCAUCAACCGACGCGCCAACCCCGCCGUAUGACCCCACCAUACACCCUAGCCAAAAAUAAGGGGUAG